AUUCAUCCUCACACUCAGCUGUGAGUGUGCGGUAAUGUAAUGAGAUGAAGCUGGCGCGGAGGGAUACAGCGUAAAUGAGGCCAGAGCGCAGCGGCGGCGCAUUACUACACCUCAGUCUGUGGCUCACUCACACAGAUUACACACACAGGAACAGAUCCUGCGUCUACACGUCAACGUUUAAAACACAAACAGCUUUCUGCUGCUGAUUUUACACACAUUUAUCGGACAGGCCUUUUUAAGGAUGGCAGAUCAGCUGACCGAGGAACAGAUCGCUGAGUUCAAGGAGGCGUUCUCACUCUUCGACAAAGAUGGCGAUGGCACCAUUACCACCAAAGAGCUGGGUACAGUGAUGCGCUCAUUGGGUCAGAACCCCACUGAGGCUGAGCUCCAGGAUAUGAUCAACGAGGUAGACGCUGAUGGCAACGGAACUAUAGACUUCCCGGAGUUCCUAACCAUGAUGGCACGGAAAAUGAAGGACACGGACAGUGAAGAGGAAAUCCGAGAAGCUUUCAGAGUCUUUGACAAGGAUGGAAACGGCUACAUCAGUGCAGCUGAGCUCCGUCACGUCAUGACCAACCUGGGCGAGAAGUUGACAGACGAGGAAGUGGAUGAGAUGAUCCGAGAGGCAGAUAUUGAUGGAGACGGUCAGGUCAACUAUGAAGAGUUUGUCCAGAUGAUGACUGCAAAGUGAAGGAUUGUCAUAUCCUAUAUCUUUCUCUCUUACAUUGCUUGUCCUACUAAGAUCACUGUCGUUAAAAAGAAAAAAAAUCUAAAGUUUUCUUCAGAGAGUAUUAGAAUUUCAAAUUCUGUGAUCUCUUAC